CGUGCCGCUGUUGAUACAGACUGUGGAAAUGCUGAGCGUUUGAGUCGCUCGUGCGUGCGAGCUUCAGUUGUGUUUAUUAUUAUGUCUGUAAAUAAUAAAUGAAUAAAGUGUUGAGUCAUGGCGCUGAAUGCGAUUAAAGAUGGAGAAUUCACCGCUACUGUUUAUAAACUGAUUAAAGAUGGGCGCUAUGGAGACGCUAUACACAUCCUGAGCAAUGAACUUCAGAAGCACAUGAAAUCUCGAGCUGCCCUGUCUCUCCUGGGUUACUGCUAUUACCAUGUGCAGGAUUUCACCAAUGCAGCCGAUUGUUAUGAGCAGCUCAUUCAGCUGCACCCAGAAGUGGAAGACUACAAACUAUACUACGCCCAGUCCCUGUACGGAGCGUGUGCUUUCCAGGACGCAAUGAAAGCCACGUUUCUUCUGGACAGUCCUACGAGUCACAUCAAGAUGAUUAAACUUCAAGCUGCUAUAAAGUACGGAGAAGAAGACUUUCCAGCAGCGAUGGCUCUGGUGGAGCAGUUGCCUGCGGACGACCCCGAUACCGAAGUGGAUCAAGGCUGCCUGCUGUAUAAGCUCGGAGAACAUGAGAAGGCCUGCUCCAAGUUUACAGGCGCCAUGCAAGUGCUGGGAUACCAGCCAGAUUUGGCCUACAACAUCGCUCUGUGUCACUACAGCCUCAAGCAGUACGCCGCAGCCCUCAAGUACAUCCGGGAGAUCAUCGAGCGUGGGAUAAGGGAGCACCCAGAACUCGGCGUCGGCAUGACGACCGAAGGGAUUGAAGUAAAAAGCGUGGGAAACACACUGGUGCUGCAUGAAACGGCCUUGAUCGAAGCUUUUAACCUGAAAGCAGCCAUCGAAUAUCAGCUAAAGAAGUAUGAUGAUGCUCAGGAAGCGCUGACUGAUAUGCCACCCAGAUCAGAAGAGGAGCUCGACCCCGUCACACUUCACAACCAGGCCCUCAUGAACAUGGACACCAAGCCGACAGAAGGCUUCGAGAAGCUGGCGUUCCUCCUGCAGCAGAGCCCUUUCCCUCCCUCCACCUUCGGCAAUCUGCUCCUGCUCUACUGCAAAUAUGAGUACUUCGACAUGGCUGCUGAUGUGAUGGCUGAAAACGCACACCUCACCUACAAGUUCCUGUCUCCAUACCUGUACGAGUUUCUGGACGCCAUGUUGACGAGUCAAACCGCUCCCGAGGAGGCGUUUCGGAAGCUAGACGAUAUGGCAGGAAAACUGACGGAGCGGUUACGGAAGGUCACCAAUCUGGUUCAGGAGUCACGGCGUUCACGGGACGACGAAGGUCUAAAAAAAGCAGUGGAAGAUUACGAUCAGCUUCUCGAGGAGUACGUCCCUGUGCUGAUGGCGCAGACGAAGAUUUACUGGAACCGCGAGAACUACAACAUGGUGGAGAAGAUUUUCCGCAAGUCAGUGGAGUUCUGCAACGAACACGACACGUGGAAGCUGAACGUCGCACACGUGCUCUUCAUGCAGGAGAACAAAUACAAAGAGGCGAUCGGAUUCUACGAGCCCAUCGUAAAGAAACACUACGAUAAUAUCCUUAAUGUGAGCGCGAUCGUUCUGGCUAACCUGUGUGUGUCGUACAUCAUGACGAGCCAAAACGAAGAGGCAGAGGAGCUGAUGAGGAAAAUCGAGAAAGAGGAAGAACAGAUCUCGUACAACGACCCUGACAAGAAGGUGUUUCACCUGUGCAUCGUCAACCUGGUGAUCGGGACCCUUUACUGCGCUAAAGGAAACUACGACUUCGGUAUUUCUCGCGUGAUCAAGAGCUUGGAGCCGUACAACAAGAAGCUCGGAACAGACACGUGGUUCUACAUUAAGAGGUGCUUCCUGUCCUUGUUGGAGAACAUGGCCAAGCACAUGAUCAUGCUGAGGGACACCGUCGUGCAGGACUGCGUCCAGUUCCUGGAACACUGCGAGUUGUACGGGAAGGACGUCCCGGCCGUCAUCGAGCAGCCUCUGGAGGAGGAACAUGCGCACAUCGGGAAAAACACGGUCACCUACGAGGCUCGCAUGCUGAAGGCUCUGUUCUAUGAAGUCAUCGGAUGGAACGACUAGCGGCUCCUCCUGAACGCAUCCCGGCUCGGGGUUUCAAUAACAGCACGCGUUUAGAAGAGGGUUUUUU